AUGUUUGUAACGAGAAUUGCUCGAAAUGCGGGUGCAUUAUCUUCCUCACAGAGGGUUUUUAAUGUCAAAUAUUUUUAUUCUACAAGUACUGGACCGGCUGAACGAAAGAAUAAAUUUCAGCUUACAAAAGAUGGCAAGCUCACAUGGAACGAUUACUUUGCGUUGAGGCGUCGACGGAAGGUGACCGAACGCAUUGUAACAUACCCUUUGGCGUUCGGUGGCUUUAGUGCAAGCCUUGUGUACGUUGCCACCAGAGAAUUUGAUCCAACCCCGAUAUUCGGUCAGGAACCUUUCCUCAUAUACAGUAUUGGCACCGUUUUCUGUGGCAUUACCGGCUUACUAAUCGGACCUGUCGUCGGAAGCUCACUUUGGAGAUUAUUUCAUAGGGAAGAGGUGAGAUUGAUGGAACAGCGUGACCGUGAAUUCUAUGAACAUGUAAAGAAGAAUAGAGCGGAUCCGGCAUUACACUCGCUUCGAAAUCCAGCACCGGACUAUUACGGCGAGAAGGUCAAGUCCGUGGAAGAUUAUCGUAAAUGGCUCAGGAAGCAGAGAGAGAUCGUAAGGAAAGGAACGUUUCACCUUGGCGAAGACUCUACAUGA